UGUGAGCAGUGCAAUGAUUUUUACUAUGGCGAAUGUCCAUCGCACAAUUUUCACAUCAUUGAAGAUAGCACAAUGACAUCAGGAAAGGGAACAUCAAAUGCUAUGAAGACACUUCCUGAAGAUCUUUACGUAAUACCUUCCACCAUACCUGAAGCAGGCAUGGGUGUGUUUGCAAAGAAAAAGUUAGAGAUCAACACUCGUUUUGGACCAUACAGAGGAGAGAAAGUUUUGCUUGAUGAUUUAGAGGAAGGAAGAGAUACUUCGUACAUGUGGGAGAUUCUACAAGAAGGAAAGAUUCAAUAUUAUAUUGAUGGUAAAGAUUCAACUCAAGGCAACUGGAUGAGAUUUGUGAAUUGUGCACGAUGUGAAGAUGAACAAAAUAUAAUUGCAUAUCAACAUCAUGGAGAAAUUUACUACCGAGUUUAUAAAGAGAUUGAGGCCGAUAAAGAGCUGCUUGUUUGGUAUGGGGAUGAAUUUGCUGAACAACUGGGAAUAUCAUUGUUUGACGAGGAAGACGACCAGAAACAUUUUGAAGUUGGAGGUCACAGCUGUAGACAUUGUGGAAGGAUGUUUACUUACCUUAAUUUCUUAGAGAAACAUUUAAAAAGAUGUCCACUGCUUGUUUGUACAAAGCUAUGGGAAUGUCCACAUUGCAGUCGAAAGUACAGUAGCGAGGACUACCUAAAUAUUCAUAUAAAAAAUGAAUGCAGAAAAAAUCCACUGUUACAAGACAAAUUGUCGUGUAAGGAAACGAAUUAUUCUUCAGUUGGCAAUGAUAAACGUCGAAGCAAUAGUGGAAACUGUGUUUUGAAAUUAUCGCAGAGAGUUGAAGAAAAUUAUGCCGGAGAGAAACAUGACGGAUUGAGACGUUAUCAAUGUGAACAUUGUGGUAAAACAUUUACACAUCUUAAUGGCUUGAAUCAACACGUUAGAAUUCAUACUGGAGAAAAACCUUAUCAAUGUGAACAUUGUGGUAAAACAUUUACACAUCUUAAUCACUUGAAUCAACACGUUAGAAUUCAUACUGGAGAAAAACCUUAUAAAUGUGAACAUUGUGGUAAAACAUUUACACAGCUUGGUCACUUGAAUAAACACGUUAGAAUUCAUACUGGAGAAAAACCUUAUAAAUGUGAACAUUGUGGUAAAACAUUUACACAGCUUGAUCACUUGAAUGAACACGUUAGAAUUCAUACUGGAGAAAAACCUUAUCAAUGUGAACAUUGUGGUAAAACAUUUACACAGCUUGGUAACUUGAAUAAACACGUUAGAAUUCAUACUGGAGAAAAACCUUAUCAAUGUGAACAUUGUGGUAAAACAUUUGCUCGGCUUGGUGACCUGAAUAGACACGUUAGAAUUCAUACUGGAGAAAAACCUUAUCAAUGUGAACAUUGUGGUAAAACAUUUACACAGCUUGGUAACUUGAAUAAACACGUUAGAAUUCAUACUGGAGAAAAACCUUAUCAAUGUGAACAUUGUGGUAAAACAUUUACAGUGCUUGGUUCCUUGAAUAAACACGUUAGAAUUCAUACUGGAGAAAAACCUUAUAAAUGUGAACAUUGUGGUAAAACAUUUACACAGCUUAAUAGCUUGAAACUACAUAAAAAUAUAAAACAUUGAAACAUUUAUAAAUUACGAGUAAAGUAUGUGUGCGAGUGAUAACAAAUUUCGUGAAUGAUUUUUAUAUUUUAAUGAAAUUUAGUAAAUAUUUUCAAAAAAAUUUUUUGCAGUCGAGUUGAAUAUAAACAAUAUAUUAUUUAUUCACGUGAACAUCGAGAAUGACGUCAUUAUAAAUGUAUAGUAAAUAUAACAUUCUUUGUAAAACUCUUUGUUGAACAACAGGUUUUCGCUCGCAAAUCA